UUCUCGAUUUCGAGAGAUCGAGAGCGAGACUGAGAUCGAGAUUGAGAUCCUACCAACGAUGGCGAUAUGGAGGAGAUGGAGAAGUCCAUACCUCUUCUUCAUCCCUCUCCUUCUCGUUCUCCCUCUCCUGCUCACUGUUUCCGAUUUACAUCGCAGGACAAUCUCGCAGACUCCGCGGAGAAAUCCUUCCAAGAAAUCAGAUCAUAUUGUUCUUGGUCCAGCCGCUGGCCAAGGCAUGCCUGAUCGCCUUCAAUGCCAAGGUCUAAAAGCUAUGAAUGGGAUCCACUCAUCGAAUACAAAUCGGGAGUCUAAUAACUGUGAUACUGUCACUUUUGUCACAGUAUUCACGGUGUACAAUAGUCAUCUGAAAACAGAAUCUGCAAAGGUUGAUGAUAAAUCACUUGGUACAGUUACUGUUGGUAACACCUCAUACACUAAGACAGAAAGGUCCAUGGCCGUCCUCAACAUUUUUGUUAACUUCAUACAGGUGUCGAUGCCAAGAAGCAAUGUGAUCAUAUUGACUGAUCCUGCUUCUGAGUUUUCAGUGGAAAAAAACGUUGCAACAAUUCUAGCCAUUCAUGGGGACUAUUCUCGUGACAAUUUGAUGCUUCAGAGAAUCAGGUCCUACAUUACAUUUUUGGAACAAAAGCUCGAGGAGCAUCCUGAGAGGCUGAAGUGUGUUAAUCAUUACAUUUUUACUGACUCUGAUAUCGCAGUGGUGGAUAAUCUUGCACACAUAUUCCAGGAAUAUCCCAACUUCCACCUGGCCCUCACUUUUCGUAACAACAAAGAUCAACCUCUAAAUUCUGGAUUCAUUGCAAUUAGAGGCACUGUAGAAGGAAUUCUCAGAGCGAAGACUUUCCUACAAGAAGUACUGGAAGUUUAUAGCACUAAAUACAUGAAAGCUUCACGCAUGCUCGGUGAUCAAUUAGCCCUCGCAUGGGUUGUCAAAUCUCAUCUUUCAUUUGCUUUCAAGAAAUUUUCCAGACAUGAAGCUUUUCCAGGUGACAUGAAUGGAACAUCGGUGCUCUUCUUACCAUGUGCAAUUUAUAACUGGACCCCUCCCGAGGGCGCCGGGCAGUUUCAUGGCAUGCCACUUGAUGUAAAGGUUGUUCAUUUCAAAGGUUCGAGGAAGCGAUUAAUGUUGGAAUCUUGGAACUUAUUCAACUCAACCUCAAACUUAUCAGACAUGCUAUGCCUCAUCUUGGCAAGUGGUAGAACAAAGUAUGACUUCUGAUUUCCAUCUUCUUACUUAACCUUAAUUGAAGGACAUCACUGUAGGGUACAUAUCUCAAGUGUUAGUUCAUUUUUUGCCUAUGUCAUUUGGGUUAUGUAAUGUUUGCAGAACACUCCCUGAUUCUCUGAGUAAUCACACUGUUCCUUUUCA